AUGUCCGACAAUCAGACGAAGAAAAGAACCAGUGGCCGAAACACCCAAGGAAUUCCUCCAGCCCGUUUUGAUUCUGAGAUAUACGAUAUGUCGCUUACCCAUUCGCCGAAAGCAAAAACGCCGUCUCACAACCCUCAAAACGAACCCUUAAAUGCCGCUUCGACCAGUACACCUCCAGCCAACCUCAAUAAUGUUAAUUCUUCUUCUUCUUCACAGCAUCAAAAGACACCAGUCAAUUCGCAAGCCUCAGUUCCAAAACCUGCAAAUGAAAUUAUUGAGUUGAAGAAACACGUAAAUGCACAAAUGCAGCAAAUGCAACGUCAAAUGCAGGCAAUGCAGACAGAGAUUCUUGCUUCGACACAACAAAUGCAAAAUACCGCCAAACAAAUGCAAGAACAAUUCGCCAAUUUACAAUCACUGUCUGCAAUGCCUUCUUUGAUAUCACUAUUACAGCAAACACAAAGCCAAACACCGCAGCUGCACGUAAGUCAUAACCCACCAUCUUCACAUUUGCCAACAAGUGAGACGCAAGAGCCAUUAAAUUCACCAGACCGCACAUCGUAUCACCAACCGCCACCAGGAUCAUCCAUAACCUCACAUAUGUCUGUCCACAGUUCACACUCACAAAAUUCAUUACAUUUGCCUCAGAAGAAAAUUUAUCCAUUACCUAUUUUUACAGGCCUUCCCGAAGAAUGGCAGACAUUUUACGAAUCAUUUGAAAGCACAACCACUGAAUUUGGAUACUCCAACUUACACAACAUAAUGCGCCUGAGAGAUUCUUUAAAGGGCCGAGCAAAGGAAUCUGUAGAAUCCCUCUUAGGUAAUUCAAGCAACGUCGCCGCCAUUUUGGAACUGCUGCAAGAAACAUUUGGCCGACCGGAACAGUUGAUCAGGAGCCAAAUUGAAAAAGUAAGGUCGGUGUCACCAAUAGCCAAUGACAAUCUUGAGGCACUCGUCAAUUACGCCAACAAAAUAUGCAACAUGGCAACAUUUCUAAAGAACGCCAAAGGUGAGCACCAUUUAACAAAUCCUUCGCUUCUAAGUGAAUUAGUGUCCAAGCUGUCAACCAAUCGCCAAAUGCAGAGGGCAGAAAAAUGUCUGCAGCUUCAGGAACCAGCCACUAUCGUUGAUUUUGCAAAUUGGCUUUCUACACUACGCCGCCUAGCCAAUAUGGUCAACGACACAUUGCCAAUUGCAAGCACAUCUGCUAAUCGCCGCCAUGUACCAACAACUACUUCACAAACAUCCACCCGAAAAUUUGCCUGCGUUGGAGUUUCUUCUGGUUAUCAAUGUCCAGUUUGUAAUGGUGAGUGCAAAGGCAUUAAAAAUUGUCCAACUUUUUUACAGAUGUCACUGGAUGACCGUUGGAGCAAAGUGAAGCAAAUUAAAACAUGCUUCAGUUGCUUAAAGAGAGGACAUCAAGUAAAAAACUGCCACCAAAAAGGACGUUGUGGGGUAAAUGGCUGCCAAAAACCACAUCACUCACUAUUGCACAAAACUUUUCCGGCAUUGGAGUCUUCAUCAGCCGUUUUGUCACAACCCAACAUGAAUACCGACGCAAUAACACAACAAACCGAAUCGCAAUUAGACGCAAGAAGAAAUUGCCAUGCAACAUGCCACACCGAAAACGUAUUGUUCCAAAUUCUGCCCAUAACAAUAUACGGUAAGCAAAAACAACUCACGAUCUACGCGUUUGUUGACGACGGAGCAAAUGUAUCAAUGCUGCACACAGACAAUGCAAACGAGCUAAAUAUACAUGGCGAAAGAGAUUUUUUGGAACUUCAGUGGCUAAAUAAUCACCGCACUUCACAAAACACCGAAAAAAUUAAUAUUACGAUUAGUGGAAUUGGCCACUACAAAGAUAAAUAUACAAUUUCCAAUAUUUAUUUAUCAGCUGAUCUGUCAUUGCCAGUGCAGAGUUGCCACAUGGCUCAUUUUUUAAAAUCCCAGGAAUGUGAAAAAAUCUCAAAAUUUCCCGUGCAUGAUUAUUCUAACGUGCGACCAAUGAUGAUCUUGAGCCUGCAACACUCAUUUUUGACCGUUCCCUUAGAAGUUCCACGUCUUAUAAGUGAAUUUGGGCCUAUCGUUACAAUAACAAGAUUGGGAGCUAUUUUAUAUGGACCGAUACCAGGUGAUAAAAAUAACACUAAUAAACAUGUUUUGCAUUUUCGUAGGUGUUCAAAAACUGAAAAUAAUCUACUCGAAGAUAUGAACAACAUGAUGCGUGGUUAUUUUGAUGUAGAAACAUUGGGCAUCAAAGUUGAUACAAAACCACUGAUUUCAAAGGAGAACGAAAGGGCGAUGCAGUUAUUGAACAAGGCUACAAAGUGGGUAAAUGGCAGAUACGAAUGUCUUCUUUUAUGGAAGGAGAAUGUACCACUAAUACCGGAGUCAUACGACAUGGCACUAAGACGUUUAUAUAGCAUCGAGCAAAAAAUGGCUAAAAAUCGUGAGUAUGGAAUCGAAUACAAAGCAAAAAUCGAUGAUUAUAUUAAGAAAGGAUACUGUCGGAAACUUACAACUGAAGAAAAAGAAGCCAAAUAUGAUCGUGUUUUUUAUAUUCCACAUUUUGGUGUGAAAAAUCCCAACAAAAAAGAGAAGUCCCAAUUGCAGUAUGCGGAGAUAUAAAGGAAAUGUUUCAUCAAAUUGGUGUAACGAAAAUGGACCAAAACUGCCAAAGAUUUUUAUGGAGGAAUGGAGAUGUGAAUUCGCCAGUAGACAUAUA